UUCUCUGGCCAGAGAGCGCUCAUCCUAUUGUACUAGGCCUAGAAUCUUGUACUAGUUUUAGAUAUUGUUGCUUUGCUAUCAGCUCUGAUUAGCUGUACUUAUUUCUGUUAUGGACUGGAGUCACCAUAUAUUUAUUAUGCAAUGUUUUGUUUCGUAGAAUUAAGCUAGUGGAUUAAUAAUAGGCCAAGGCUAGGCUACCGCUAAAUAUCAAAUGAUCAAAGUUUUUAAUAUAUUCUUGAUGACUAGGUAUUAGCCUAGUAUUAGGGCUAAUUUUUAUCUGAAGAAAAUACCAGUUAGGGUAGAGUUAAAGCUAUUGUUCUUGGUCAUCAUGUAACAGAAUAGUAACAGUAGGUGAUAGUUAAACAGUUUUAGAUUUCUUGAAUGACAUCAUGCAUGUAAAUGUUAGUAGUUGCUAUCAAGUUGUUAUCUACCUAUCAUCUGUGAAGUAAAAAACAAGAACUGACAGAAGUGGGCCAACCAAAGGCAUCAGAAAAUAACAAAACAAAGCCUGCGUCCACUGUAGAAGCCCCACGCCAUGGGUAACCUGUGUCCAUCUGUUGGGAAAAAACCCAAUGGUGCAGAAGUCAGGUACGCGCCCGACCCUAACAACUCUUCUGUCAACCAGUCCAUAGUUGUCGAGCGAGCAGACUCAAGCACAGACACGUCGAGGGUUCGUCCUCUACCAGGUGUUCCAUCUAAAAAUAGAGUCCGAGCACUUUACAACUUCGAAGCCAUCAAUGAAGAUGAUUUGUCAUUUAAAAAAGGGGAUGUUAUGGAAGUUGAUGAAGCCACAUCUGAAACAGAUGACUGGUGGCUGGCUGUCCACUGUAAGACAAACAAGCGCGGCUACAUCCCCAGUAAUUAUGUUAUAAAAGAUGACACAUCACCUCAGACUCAAGACUGGUGGUUUGAGUAUGACAGAAAAGAAUCAGACAAAAUGCUGUUGUUACCAGGAAAUGCUCAGGGCACAUUCUUGGUUAGAGAAGCCACAGACAAAUCUUCCUAUGUGUUAUCUGUACGUGACAGUGACAAGGCCAAUGGUGAUCCCUGCGUCAAACACUAUCGUAUACGUAAAAUGGAUGACGGAGGUUUCUUUAUUAGUGCCAAAAAAACUUUUAAAAGUCUCUUUGAUGUGAUUAAUCACUACAGAGAUAACUCUGAUGGGCUAUGCUGUAAGCUAACUGUGGCCUGUCCACGUAUUAGACCUGUUGUCCAGUUCAGAGAGUUGGAGAUCCCAAGAGAGGCAAUAAAACUGACCACAAAACUUGGGGCAGGUUGUUUUGGUGAAGUAUGGAAAGGUGCUUUGAGGAGGGUGGUAGAUGUGGCUGUGAAGACCUUAAAGCCUGGCACAAUGACACCUGAAGCUUUCCUGAACGAAGCCAAAAUUAUGCAUAAACUGACACAUCAAAAACUUGUACAGCUGUUGGCUGUGGUAUCAAGUUCAGAACCAUUUUACAUCAUCACAGAGCUCAUGGUCAAUGGCGCUCUGUUAGACUUUCUUCGCUCAGAUCAAGGGAAGAAACUCAAGUUUAAUGUACUUAUAGAAAUGAACUCCCAGAUAGCCGAAGGUAUGGCAUAUUUAGAAAGUGUAAAUUUUGUCCACCGUGAUCUUAGAGCAGCUAACAUCCUUGUUGGGGAACACUAUGAUGUGAAGGUUGCAGACUUUGGUCUUGCUCGCAUCUUAGAAAAUGAAGACAAUGUAUAUGAAGCUAAUGAAAAUACAAAGUUCCCCAUCAAAUGGACAGCACCAGAGGCAGCGCUAGAGAGAAAAUUCACCAUCAAGUCUGAUGUGUGGUCAUUUGGUGUCCUCAUGUAUGAAAUCAUAACCUAUGGAAAAGUUCCCUAUCCAGGCAUGGCUGGCUCUGAAGUUCUACAAAUGGUUGAGAAGGGGAGAAGAAUGAGUAAACCAACAAAUGGCCCCAUAGAAGUGCCGGACUCGUACUUCAACAUGAUGCUCAAGUGCUGGCACCGUAGCCCAGAGGAGAGACCCACCUUUGAAAGUCUUCAUAACUUCUUUGAUGAUUACUUCAUUAGCAUUGAGCCUAAUUACAGGGACAUGGAUGAAAUGUAAUGGACCCCGUUUCAUUAGUGAAAAAGAGAGGUUUAUUUUUAUGUUGUACAUUUUGUUGAAGACAAUUCUUGACUACAGCUUCAAAUUGAGAGAUAUAAUUCAUUUAAAAAAAAAUAGAAACUUACAAUAUGAAAUUUUUAUAGUUUUUUUAGUUUACAAAACACAAUGCUAUGCAUAUCUUAAACAAAAUAUAUAAUGUUAAUAAUAUGUUAUAUUGUUAUAUUUAUUGUAAGACAGUAUCAUAUUUCCCUUAGCAGUAGUCUUUUUUUUUAAAAUCAAGUUAAAAUUUAAAAAUUUGGAGUAUUAUAAGAACUGUAUAAAUAAACGUACUUAGUUUUGUAUUGAAGUUCUUAAAAUUGUAAAAUGUUAAACUGAUACCCAUAAAUUAUGAUAAGCAAAAAUUGGCCAGUCUUAUAAGGUUUAAUUUUUCUUGCACUUUCCCUAAAAUUAGUUGAUCCAUCCAUAAGUGUUUUCUUCUUUCAUUUAUUUUCAUGCUCCUCCCUGAAGUUCUCUUCUCUUCCCCUAAAUUUGUUCACUCAUCCAAUAAAUUAUCUUUUCCUCCUGUAAAUUGUCUUUUUCUCCCCUCAGUUAUAUUUUUCUACACUAAGUUGUCUUCUCUUCCCCUAGGUUGACUUACCUUCCCCCAAAAUUAGUGAACUCAUCCCUUUUAACUUUUCAACUGUCCAUACCCAUGCAAUAAUGUGUGUCAUAAAUGUUUAUGUUGAGCCCACUGUUAUGUGACUGAAAAAAAAAUGUUAGACUAGAACAUGACAAACUGCUUGUGAUCACACCUAUCUGGUGGUGUUGCCUUUUUUUUUUACUGUGCCUUUCAGUGGGUUUAUACAGCUUUCAUGUAGUUGUCUUUCCCUCUCAGUAGGGCUAUACAACUGUCAUGUAGUUGUCUUUCCCUUUUAGUGGGUCUACACAACUUUCAUGUAAUUGUCUUUCCUUUUAAGUGGGUCUUUCCUUUCCAUUUCUAAGAGUUAUACUCUAUAUGCAUAAUGCGCUGAACUUAAAAAAAACCACAGAAUUCUUUUAGAUUAAAAAAAACACACUUAAAAUAAACUCAGCAGUUGUGAGAGGGCCAAUUUAAAAAGUUAAAUAUUUUAAAGUAAAUAUUAGGUAAAACAAUACAAAUAUUUUGUCUGACUAACGAAUUAUAGGUAAAAUAGUAUCAUUUGAUUGUAAACCUACACAAAUAUUAUGUGAUCUUCAGCAAGCAUUUAUUUGUACUGGGAAAUGCAGCUGUUGUUGUUAGAAACCUCAUGCAUUCCUUAUUAGAUUCCUUGCAACCAAUAACAAAUUAUAUAGAGAGAACCCCUGCAGCAAUCUGUAUUUGUAACAAAUAACAAAUUAUAUAUAGAGAGAUAAAAAAGCCACUAAGCAACCUGUGUAGUCAUUGUUUACUUUUGUUUGUAAUAUUUUUACUAGUUCCCCAAACAUAAAUAGUCUAUAAUUAUUAACCCUCUCUUGAUUAAUGUGCAAAAUUUGAAUAGAUCUGAUUUAUAGGGAACUAAUGUAUUCUUGUAGUUUUUAAAUAGUUCUUUACCAUUUUCUUUAAUGAAUGAUACAAGCAUGGGUAAGGGUUUAAUAAAUUUUUAUACUGUGUACAUUCGUUUUAAAUAUCUGACUGCAAAUUUAAAAUCCAGAGUUCCAAUUUAAAAUCAAUGAAACUGUAAUUGGUAUAAUAUGAUCUAAUUUAAAGUGAUUCAAGAUUACAUUUUCUUUUACCAUAUUUAGAUUUAUUUUCAAGCUAGACUUGUACUGUUUUAUAUCACUAAAUUUGUAUUGAUCUAUUUUAAGAAAAUGUAAUACCUUUGGAAUCAUGAAGGGAUUCAACUCUUAAUAAUUACUUUCUAACAAUAUUUACAUCUGUUAUAUUAACUUUUAUAUUUCUACUUGUAUGUUGACUGUAAUUUACUUAUCAUUCCUUGUGUCUGUUUAAAUAUUAUUUCAUUUUUUUUUAAUGUAGCUCUACAUUUAGUUGUAAAAUUUUUGUACGAAAUGCUUUUCCAGAAUUUGUAUAAAAUACCCCAGGGUACUCUACAGUAGAUACAAAUAUGUUGGUUAUUAAGUUGAGUAACCAGAAAAGGAAUGCUAAAUCUGGUCACUUUAUUUACUGUAAGCAAUUUAAAUUUACCAUUUAAAAAAAAAUUACUGGAGUUUUUUGUGUAUGUAUUUUGAAUUUUUUUUUUACUUAUUGUAGCUUUGACCAAAUUUCAUAUUACCAAUCGGUAAUAUGAGACUUGUUUAAACUUGGCUCUAAUUCUAAUUUUUGUAGAAAUUUCUUUACUGAUUUUGUUUAAAGAUUGAACUUUUUACUCAUGUUAUUUAAAAAUAUAUAAACCUUUUUACGAAUUCUGUUUCAUGUUAUAAAACUAUCAAGGCUUUUGUUGCUUUCUGUGCCUUAUAAACUUGUAAAUGGCAAUAGUUUUUGGAGGUAGGUAUUUGGUUACAUUUUUUUAAAUGGAAUUUUUGCUGUGGUACACUUGGUUUAGUAGUUUGUAGACAUUUUUACUGCUGCUAAAAAUUAAACACAUUUGUUUAAUUAACAUUCUAAUGUUACUACAACUUAGUAAAUUUAAUUUUUUUUUAAUCAAUCACUUUUCUAAACUGUAAAAACAAUUUGAUUUUUCCUGCUGUUUCUUUGUGUGUUCAUAUAAUUUUUUUUGUACUUAAGUUUGUUUUCCAGCAUUAUUUCUUAAUAUUAAUUCAUUUUAAAAUUGUUCUUAUUAUGCUCAGUUGCCUUAUGAACAAUUUUCUUGCAAAAAUGUAAUUUUUUGUACAUUAUUGAAAUGUGACCAAUUUCUGUUGUGAAUCACUUUUUUUUUUUAAUUAUUAACAGGCACUCUUCCAUAACACAACAAUUUUUUGUCUAAAUAUUUUAGAUCCGCAAACAAUGUGUUGUAGAAAUGGAAUAUUUUUCAUUUUAUUUGUACAAUAAGACUUGACAAGUUGAUAUCUUGCAAUAUGUAAUUUCAUUCCCAUCAUGUAGCCAUUCCAUUUGCCAAUUUAAUUAAUUAAAAUGAUAUAAAACU